AUGAGCCAAAGUGAUAGCAUUUGGGCAAAGGUUCCCCUAAAAUCUCCACCUGAGAAGUUCUAUGGCUUCUUUAGGAAUCAUAUGGGGGAUUUAGUCCAUAUGUAUCCUGACCACUUCCAAAGCUUUCACUUUCUUGAAGGAGAAAGCUUCUCUACUGGCAGUGUUAUGCAUUGGCAAUACCACCUUGGAAGUCCAGCAGCUGCAAAGAUAAAGAUGAGACUGGUUGAUGAUGCGAAGAAGUUCAUAGUUUAUGAAAUUGUUGAAGGAGAUGCCCUAAAGUUUUACAAAGUAUUCAGAGCAAAACUUGAAGCUGUUAAUGGAGGCUUAAACAAAGUAGAAGGAAACUUUGCAAAAUGGACUAUUGAAUAUGAAAAGGCAAAUGAAAAUGUUCCUUCACCAGAAAACUACUUGGAAUUGGCUGUUAAAGUCUCCAAAGGCCUUGAUGCUUAUAUUUCCAAGAACUACUAA